AUGGGAAAGGGCGCUUCGUUUGGCUGCUCGAUUCUGCGCCAUCGCUGCCACAAUCGCCGCUUCGGUGCACACGCACCGCUCUCAUAACUCGCCUUCUGCCCUCUAGAACGAUUUUUCUGCGCGAGUUCGUCUUGCAUAGAUAGCACAGUUUGAAGAGAAAGAGAGCACCAGCAGCGAGCGGGCAGAAGUUAUUUGUUCGAAAUUCUUUCUGCAUUCUGCCGGAGUUUGAGUGCCGACAGGCUUCGAGAUGCCAUGGUGGAGUAUCCUGGAGACGUAACUGUGAGAAGCUGCGAGUGGAUGGAGGUUUUCGGAGGGAGUUUUUGAGGUGUCGGAUGAAUUACGUGCUUUGGAGGCUUGCAUUCUUUUUUUUACGAGAAGAGCUAGAAAGGAGACGUGACUCUCUCUCAACGACCUGCACGGUAAAAGGUCGUGGAGAGGAUAAAUUAACAAUGGCAGAAGAGAAACCAAAGACUCAAUCAGUGAAAGUGAGGAAGGAAUCGGGAAAUUCUGGGGAGCCGGAUCUCUUGAAGUCCGCUUUAAAAAGGCCCUCUGCAGAGACUUCAGACAGGAAAGAGAAGGGUAUUCUCGAUCGAAAAGACAGUGGUAACAGAGACCAAGUGAGGAGCAACAUAGGAACAAAUCUAGUGAAGGUCGGGAAAGAAUUUUCAAAGGGCGGCGCCAGAGAUCAGGAGGGAAGAGUAGCUGGCAAAGAGGGAAAGGUCUCGGUGAAGCAGGAGGAUAGAGCGUCGGUGAAGAUUGAGGCGAAGUCACUGGUCAAGGUGUCGAGCAAGGAAAUAAAGGUGUUGAGCAAGAAGGAUGGAAAUGUAAAUGGCGAGGAACUGGGGAAGAGCGUCGGUAAAAAUGCGGGAAAGGUGAAUGGGAAGGAACAGAUCAUAAAGGAGUCGGUCAUGGGGAAUGGAAAAGUUUCUGGAGGGGUUAGGGAUCUCAUAAAGCCGAAAAAUGAAAUCAAGGACCGGGAAAGAGAGAGAGAAAAAAGGAAGGUCUCUGUUGUGGAAACACAAGUGAGGUCAGCGAGUAAUCCAAAAGUGACACCGAAAUCAACAAAUGCAGGGGCAUCAUCAAGUGUGAUAAAGAGGAAGGUUACAACGACGACUGUGACAACCACAAAGUCCCUGGUGGAGCAGAGAAAAGAGAAGAAAGUGUACGACUUGCCAGGACAGAAACAUGAGCCUCCAGAAGAGAGGGACGCUCUGAGGGUCUUUUAUUCCACUCUUCGGGAACAGAUUCCUGAAAGCGAGAUGGCUGAAAUCUGGUUGAUGGAGCAUGGGUUGCUUCUUCACGAUGAGGCUCAGAAGGCGUUCGAGCGCAAGCAGAAAAAAGGGCAGUCUUCAAAGCAUGGCACGAUAAGCAAGUUUUCCAUUCCUUCGCGAUUAUCUAAUGGAUCUCCGGGAGUAAAGAAAUCUAUUCCUGUUUCAAAUGGCAAGAGUAAAGAGGGAGGCUCUUCAUCGAAGGGCAAGAGAAAGAGGGAAUGCUUUGAAAGUGAUAGUGAUGACGACUUUCUCGCAAAAGUAGCGAUCAAGAAGAAGUCAAAAUCGUAGAGAACGAGUUGCUUUGCCCCUUGAACUUUUUUCAUUAUUUCUGAGGAUUGCUCUGAUCCAUUGUUUCCCUCCAGUGUACAAUUUUCGCUGUCCGGAGAGCAUGAAACUUGACAUAUUAUUCAAGAAAAUUUCGUAUCAGCGACAGUUUUUCGGAAUAGGAUUCAGCCCACAGAGGUGUCCUGUUAGAUCAGUAAUUGUAAUUCCAGAGCUUUGAACUCAUUGUCGUGCAACCAAGCACAGUGACCCACCCACUUUUCUGGGUAGGGCCAAGCUUGAGGAUUGCGAAGUGUACAUAGAUUUGCGAAUCACAUGCAGGAAUGUUGAUUUGAGUAUCACAAUGAUUUAAAUAGGCACCCUUGAGUCCUGUACCUUUGUACUCUCUUUUCUUUUUAAUUUGUAUAUUCCAGUACAAGAAACGUCAUCGUUGGUGAUCAAA